UUCGCCACUUGUGUUUGGACCACCCAGUCGCGUUGGCGCAUGAGACUGUCGACCGAGACGUCGAGGAUGUGGAAGUCUUCUUCGUUGCUUUUGAUUUUCGAGAUUUGCUUGUUGUUGUUGCAGCGUACAGCGAAAUGGUUUUUUCCUCCGCAUCGCCGACAGCUCCACGCCUGCCUUGUCUUGGCUCUCGCUAGCGACGUGUUCGCUGGCCUCCUCCCGAGUGAUCUCAGCCACGGACAUAUCUAUGAGGCAGCUGGCUUGGCCGGACACGGAGCUGCAUUGAUCGGCACAACCCACACGGACUAUGCUGUCAGGUCUUCAGAUUUCGAGAAUGCUGUCGCCACUCCCAUUGUUACCAAGGCUACAAGCUAUCAUGCCGUGCCAUCCAUCGCCACCGCACAAGCCGUGCCCGUAGGUACAGGAGAUUCUACGGGUCCCACAGUUGUUUCCACCACGUAUCAUACGGCUCCAGUGAUAUCCUCUGUCCACGAUUCUCCUGUAUUAGAAACACAUGCGAGUGCUUUAGGAGUUUCCAAGGUCAUUCAUUCUGCAUCAGCCGUGGAAGCUGCUCCAGAAAUACCCAGCAUGCAGGCUGCCACGACUGUCACCAAAGUUUCCACCAUCUCCGAAGAUCAUCCAGUCGCCUCAACAGUACACAGUUCUCCGGCUGUUGCAGUACUGCACACUGAUACGGCUAUCGCUGGCGUGGAUGCUUCUUCGAGUGUCAACAAAGUUUCUACUACCUUCCACGCAGCUCCAGCCGUUUCAACUGUACACUCUGUUCCUGUUGUGGUUCCCUACGCUAGUUCUUCAGACAUUGCUGGUGUGCGUGCCAUUGCAGCAGUCACCCAGGUAUCCACCACGUAUCCGUCCGCUCCGGCUGUUCCUUUUGUGCACCCAGCUCCAGCCAUAGUGACCUACGCUGCUGCCCCAGGUGUUUCCACCGUGCAUGUAGCUCCAACUGUCACCAAAGUAUCCACGUCACAGAAGGACGCUCCGGCGACCGCAUCAGCUGUCCAUUCUGGAGGAGGUACGGACACGUCUGGAGCUGCAAGAGGCGUGGUAACUCUCCACUCUGCCCCCGCGUUAAAGGAAGCAACCACCACUCAUCGCGCCGCCCCAGAUGUUCCGACUUUAGAAGCCACUCCAGAUGUGUCCACAUAUUCUGCUGCUCCAACAGUGACUAGAUUGUAUCAAACUGAUCCUCUCAACAUUGGGAUAGGCCCAUCAAUCGCAUCCUUGCAGGCUCUUCCAGGUGUGGCUACGCAUUAUACCACUCCAGCCUUUACCGCAGCGUCUCCAGCCCCAGGACUUGAUUACAAUUUUGACGUUCAAAAUCUCAACUACGGUUUUGGAAACUACGGCAAUGGAUAUGGACUUGGUAGCUACGGCUUGAACUAUGGCUAUGGCCUUGGUGACUUCAAUGACUACACAACCCUUCUGCGGAGAAAGAAAUAAUCUCUGAAUGCUGGAUACGUCAAUAUGCUGAACCUUGCACAGGCAGACAAGAGGGUGAAAUAACGCUCUAGCAGAGUAUUUUGGGGUUCCACACAUAUAUGUGAUACCGUUCAAGACUGAGAGAAAUAAAUUAUUUAAGCGCCUG